GUUUGUUUUCAUUCGCUCCCGGUUGUUCCCGGUGUUCCGUAGUAAUAUGUACGGGUAUGGGUAUGGGUUGAAAUAUCUUACUUAUCCCAAUCUACCAUUAAUAUGUUAUAAUGUUUUCUCUUUGGAUACUUAUUGAAGGUCAUCAAGUUGAUGGCAGGUCUCGUGCUGGUGUUCACGAUGUGCUGGGCGCCCCUCCUCAUCUACAACCUGCUCGUCAAGUUUGAGGUGAUUUCCCGCUACACCCAGGCGGCGUACAUCCUCAAGCUGGCGCUGCAUCUCCUGGCGUACUCCAACAGCUGCGUCAACCCGGUCUGCUACGCUUUCCUUUCGCGACAUUUUAGGAGUAGCUUCAUGCAGAGUUGCAGAUGUCUGCCACCCCCUUUACGUGGCAGGUCCCGUAGUGGCAACUGGAUGACCAGCCGUACAACAGUGAUGAGGGAUACCACGUUCGUCAGCGGGACACGCCGGUCCAAAGCACCAAUCCAGGUUGACAGAACGACCGAGUUACCAGGUGAUGUGAACAGAGAUACUGGAUACACCACAGACAGCACCUGUACCACCUGUCAGCAUCGAUGGAAUAACAGACACAGCUCUAUCCAAGGCAGCACAACAAGUCGAUCUGAGUCACUAGGAAGCGCAAAGCUUCGUGUAACACUGCGCAGAUCCAACACUAGCACUACCCAUACAUGCUCGCUUACAAUCCAGACUGUAACUACGUACACUUGUCCAGCAGAAUCUACAAUUGGGACCGGGAAAGAAAAUUGCAGACAACAGAAGCCUUUACGAUUUGGAAGACGGGUAAAUUUCCCUAACAAGCUAUCAGAAAGCGCAGUAUUUGGUAUACAGGACCAGAAUUAUGAAAUAGCAACUAUUGGGGAACUGAACAACCAGACCCUGAAACCAGUUUAUUUUGAAACCUCUGUGUAGAAGACAAACGGCAAGGUCAAAUCAUAACUUGUUUUUCCUUGUCUUGAACAGGAACAAUUUUUCGAUUUCAGCAAUGCCAGUAUUCAAUCCACUAAUCUACAGUAGAAAUUUCCGAUGUUGCCACAUUAUAUAGUAUAAUGAUUAUAUUCUACUGUAUUAUAAAAAACUAAUGUUUCAUCAGGUGACACAGAAUCACUUGGUGUUGUCAUUGUUAAGUCCUCUAUAUCUGCCUAUCAAUAUCUGUAACUUUAUGUAUCUAAGUAUGUAUGGAUCUAUGAAAUCUAUGUCUAUGAUGUAUCAACCUAUAUAAAAAUUUAUGUAUCAACACUAUGCUUUGUUAUUUUCUCCGA